AUGGGUGUCGCUUUCGACAAGUGUGAGACUCGGCCGGCCAAUAUCGAUGCCAUCCUCAACGGCCUGGACAGAUACAACCCCGAGACGACCACCGUUUUCCAGGACUACGUUGUACAACAGUGCGAGGACAGGACAUUCGACUGCUAUGCCAACCUGGCAUUGCUGAAGCUCUACCAAUUCAACCCCCACCUUCUCCAGGCUGAGACCGUCACCAACAUCCUUGCUAAGGCGCUUACCGCCCAGGCCGCAUCUCAGACCUCCGACUUCGUUGAAUCUGUUCAGAAGCUCGCGCGCCUCUCCACGCUCCUUGAGUCUGCCCAGUACGCUCAGUUCUGGUCCACUUUGAACUCUGAUGAUCUCUACGCCGAUCUGACCGCCGAUGUCGCCGGCUUCGAGGAGCUGGUCCGCAUCCGCAUCGCUGUUGAGGUUGGCAAGGCAUUCCGUGAGAUCAACGCCGAGGUUCUCGAGCAAUGGCUUGAUUUGAGGAGCCGUGAGGCCCUUGAGAAGUUCGUCGCCGAGGUCUGCAGCUGGGAGGUCGACAAGUCCGGCCCCAACGGCACUGUUGUCAAGGUCCCCACCAACAAGGAGAACGAGGCCCGCAGCGAAGUCAAGAGCGAGCGCGUCGGUGUUGAGAUGUUCGGCCGUGUUAUCAGACGGGGAUUCGAGCAGGCCGCUUGA